AAACUGCUUUUUCCUGUCCCCAAAAAGCCGAGUGUUUCUUAAAAUGUCUUAAAACGCUCUUUUCUAGAAGAGUUUGCAAAUCUGUUGGCUCCUCUGAUCCCCCAGCUUGCUGCAGGAUUGUUUGGCACCCUAAAAAGGGGUUGGUUGUCUUCUUUUGGGGAUUGAGAAUCCGGAGAGGAAUUAGCUGGGAAAUCGCCUCCUGCGGGCCGGAGCUGUUCCAUAAGGAAGAGGCUCUGUAGGGGACUGAAAUACAAAUGAUGUGGGAGGCCCCCACCCCGCUGUCCCGCGGGAAAGGUGAUGGGAACGGGGAGCAGGGCGUCUCUGGGUGGAGGAUUUGCAGCUGGAGGAUGAAGCUGAGCUAAUUUCCUGAGUGAGUGGCAAUGACAGAGGAAGCAGCAGGUGCUGGGCAAACCAGGCAAAAACGACUCUUCCUCAAGAAUUUGGGACUUGAGUGUGGCUUGGGAGGCAUUUCUCUCCCAAAAACCCACCCUGUGGGGCUUUAUUUUUAGGUGGAUGGGGUGGAGGGAGAACAGAUGUUCUUGAGGGCUUAUUUUUGAAACAAAACCACUCCUCCAGCUACAAAAUUAGCUCAGAAAAGUCACUCCUUGCCCUGAAAGAUGCUCGAAUGGAAAACUUCCCGGCAUCUCCAUUCCCAAAGUGGGUGGGAUAAAGGUGCAGUGACAGCUCUGGCUCUGGGAAAGCCACGUCAGUGGAAACUCUGGGUGCUUGGGGGUCUCAGGCAUUUGAUCUCUGCACCCCCAGAAUAACUGGAGCAGCUCAGAAAUCCCAGGGUCCCCAAAGGAGGAGUGGGGUGUCCGAGGAAGGCACAGGGCUGGGCUGGGCUCUGUGUGUCUGUGCUGGCCAAAAGAAAGGAUGUAAAUUGAUCUUGGAGAAUCCUCACGGAGGGAGUUUGGUGAAAUCACAGGCAUCCCAGCUCCGUGUGGGGAGAGAGGGAAGGCUUCAGGCAUGGCCUCUGCAGAGAAACCUCCUCUCCCUGGUUCCCCCUCCAGCCCCUCUCGGAGCUGGUGCAGAUUUCUGUGCCUCCCCCUCUCCUCAAAUCCAGAUUUUUCCUGCUCCCAGCCCCUGGCCCGGCCUCAGCCCAGAGCCCCCUGACCCUGCUCUCGCUGUCCCCAGCCGGGUGCCAUGGCCCUGACCCUGGGGCUGCUGCUGGCCCUGCUGGGCUGCGCCGCGGCGCUGGAUCCUGCCCUGGAGGAGGCCUGGGAAGGGUGGAAGAGUCUCUAUGCCAAGGAAUAUCCAGGGGAGGCCGAGGCCACCCGCAGGGAGAUCUGGGAGCAGAACCUGCGCCACAUCCAGCAGCACAACCAGGAGGAGUCGCAGGGGAAGCACAGCUACCGCCUGGCCAUGAACCACUUUGGGGACCUGACGAACCAGGAGUUUAAUGAGCUCAUGAGUGGCUACAUCCCGGCAAAGAGGGAGGAGCCAGCACCACUAUUCCGAGCCUCGGCAGCCCUGAAGGCCCCAGCAAAGGUGGACUGGAGGGCCAAGGGCUACGUGACACCCGUGAAAUCCCAGGGCGACUGCGGGUCCUGCUGGGCGUUCAGUGCCACGGGGGCCCUGGAGGGGCUCAUGUUCAGGCGGACGGGCAAGUUAGUGGCGCUGAGCGAGCAGAACCUCAUCGACUGCACCCAGAAGCUGGGCAACAAGGGCUGCAGAGGCGGCCACAUGCAGCCGGCCUUCCAGUACGUGCGGAACAACGGCGGCCUCAACUCGGAGCGUUCCUACCCCUACCAGGGCACUGACAACUCCAGCUGCCGAUACAACCCCCGCGACAAGGCCGCCAUCUGCUCCGGCUUCGCGACGGUGCCCCAGGGCAACGAGGUGGCCCUGAAGCACGCAGUGGCAAUCAAUGGCCCCGUGUCAGUGGCAGUGGACGCCAGAAGCCGGAAUUUCCAAUUCUACAGCUCAGGCAUCUUCACCUGCCCAUUUGGCCAGCAGAACGUGAGCCACGCCAUGCUGCUCGUGGGCUACGACACGGCCUCAGUGGGCAAGUACAAAGUGAGCUACUGGAUCCUAAAGAACAGCUGGUCGGAGUGCUGGGGCGCGAAGGGCUACAUGUUCCUGCUGAAGGACACCAGAAACCAGUGCGGGGUGGCCAGCGAUGCCAGCUACCCGCUGCCCUGAGCCAGGACAGCUCUCCCUCCCUCCCACCCUGCCUGCAAAUCCACAGCUGCUUCCUUCUGGAAACGGGCUUUUGUUCCUGUGCAGCAAGAAGCAAUUAAAAGUGCCAUGUUAAUUGGCUGGUGCAACCA